CUCCCACACCACCCACCAUGCCCGGGUUCACGUGCUGCGUGCCGGGCUGCUACAGCAACUCGCACCGGGACAAGGCGCUCCACUUCUACACUUUCCCCAAGGACGCGGAGCUGCGGCGCCUGUGGCUGAAGAACGUGUCGCGAGCGGGCGUGAGCGGCUGCUUCAGCACUUUCCAGCCCACCACCGGCCACCGCGUCUGCUCCGAGCACUUCCCCGGCGGGCGCAAGUCCUACUUGGUGCGCGUGCCCACUAUCUUCCCCCUGCGGGGCGUCAACGAGCGCAAAGGCGCCCGCGGGGCUCGCCGCGCCCGCCACGCCCAGCCACCUGCAGCCGCCCAGCAGCCUGCUGUGCUGCUCACCCUGCAGCAAGAGGGAGCCCUCGAGCAGGGCGCGCAAGCACCGCGAGCCGGAGGAGGACCCGAGGACGUCAAGCCCAUCGACCUCACCGUGCAGGUGGAGCUGGGGGGUCCUGAUGCUGCCGCAGCCGUCGCCACCCCCAUCCAGUUGGCCUUGCUGGCUGGGAAUGGGCCCCUGGGGGACGGCCCGCCCGACCACUCGUACUCCCUGUCUUCGGGCACCACGUCGGAGGAGCUGCUGCGCAAGCUGAACGAGCAGCGGGACAUCAUCGCCCUGCUGGAGGUGAAGAUGAAGGAGAUGAAGGGCAGCAUCCGGCGCCUGCGUCUGGCUGAGGCCCAGCUCCGUGAGGAAAUCCGCGAGAAGGACCGCCUGCUGCACGCUGCCAGUGCCGUGGGGGGAGCCCGCAAGCGCCACGGCCUCUGAGGGGGCGCCUGACACUUCCUUCGCCAUCCGACACAUGCUCACCCCACAUAUGCACACUUGCCACAUGAUCGGGUUCUUGGUCUUCAAAACGUUGCUCAUCUCUGCAGGACAGGGCAUGUACAGACCCAUCUGGGAUUGGUUUCAACGACAAGGGCAGGCCGAAGAAACCUCUGUGGCCAUUGUGAGGACAACUUGGGCUGCCACAGUGUGGCAUUGCUCCUUAAGUUACAACUCCGGCGCCUGGCAGGCACCAUGCCAGUUCUAGAUGAUGCUCUGGCAACCUUUCAUCUUCUGUAAGGAAGCCCAGGCUGGUGUAGGAACAGGCCCACACUGAACUGGACUUACACAUUCUCCUUUGCCCCCCCCCCCCCCAUGAGAGCGACCCAACCAGACUUAGCUACAAUCACAGCUCUUUUGAACUAAGCUGGGUCCUAUCUGGGUUGUUGGUUCCACACUGACGCUGUAGUCUUUGCAUCACUUAAACUGUUCAGAGCACUGGUGUCAGACAAGCAGCUGGCCUGGUACUCUCAGUGAUGCUGAUGAAACUGAUCCCUUUCGAGCUAUCCUGGGAAAAUGAGGCAUCCUGUAAAGCUGAGUGGACGUAGCAUUAUGCCAUCAUGCCACCAGCUGUCAAAUUGCUUUUAGGGAAACAGAGAGAGUGAUUGCCUAGAGAAGCACACCUGAGCUGUAAACUACACCUGGGGCUGGAGUAUGCUUAACAGAAGUUGUAAUGGUAUUUAUGGCAUUUAUGCCAGGAUUAAUCCACAGUCAACAUCUUACGGACUGAUGCCUUAGAAACCAUGGUCAUUCGUACAUUCUGUUUGCCCCUCUUCACGAUAGACGAAAAUUUAGAAAAUUGUGGAUGAUUGGUCCCCCCCGCCCCCCAGCAACAAGCUUGUGUGGAGUAUAACAUUUCUAGUGUCAAAUUUCAUUCUUGCAAUUAAGGAGGGCAAUUGGAAUAUGUAGUUGGUAUCCUUGGAUUGUAGUUGUGGUUUUUCUUCCUCUCUUUUCUUUUUCCCAGCUUGUAGGCAUUAUUGUGGCUGUGCCAUAGUUGAAUAGUUCCAUGCCCUUGCCUAGCAUUCAACAAUUGCUUCUUAUUUCACUGCUGCAAAUUCUUAAGUCUACUCUGAUGUAACCAGUGCCGAAUAGUAUAUUUAAUUUUCACUUAGAGUGAUCUUGUGUAAUCUGGUUUACAACAGAAGAGGAAUGGAGUUAAUUUCCAGUGGUGGUUGCAGAUCCUCCCUAAUUCCAAGAAAGUUUAGUAGCGACUCUGUAUGUUACAUAGAAAACUUUAAAAAAAUGCUAUAAGCAUGAAUUAGUUUGCAAGAUAGAGUCUGCACUCUUCUCAUCUGAAUUGGUAAUACUCAUUGAAUUUCCGUGGACAUUUUCCCUGUUAAAGAUGGGACAGAAUUAAAAAAGGGAUGGUUUUACAGUCUGGCGUGGCAUUGUAGAAAAUUGCAAUGACCCUUCUCUGGCUGUUCAGUUGCAUAGUAUCAAAUAGAAGCUUCUGUUUAAUGUGUUCAGUGCAGUGAUUGAUACAAGCUGUCUGCCAAGGUUGCCCAAAUUUUAAAUUUUCACUGAGAUGCAGAGGUUGCCCAAAUUUUAAAUUUUCGCUGAGAUAGUGAAGAACUAUGAAAAUGAUUGACUAGAGUCUUGAUUUGCCUUUCGGCUUUUAAACUAAAAUGCACACUUCCAUAAGAGGGAAUUAGAUAACAUGGUUUGGAUGUUAUGCGUUUUGAACAUUAAAAAAGACGUUCCUAGUGGGAGCUGAGAUUUGCUGCGAUUGGUUAGUGUCAAGAUAGCCACCUGCCCGGUUAUUCUAUUUUUGGUUUUUGUUGAGAUACCAAAAAUUAACAAUUGCAAGCAUACAGAGCUUAAAUUUGUUCAGCAUUCUCCAUGACAGCAAAGAACAAAAGAUUCUUCCAUCCCGAUGGCCUGGGUGAGUUUAUUUCACACACACACACCACCAAUUCAUAAAUUCAAAUAUAUAUUUCCUUAUACAUCUUAUGCCUCCCUUUGUCCCUUUUUGUUACACAUAGAUCAUAAGACCUAAUCCUUUCCCUCCCUGAGGCUUGUGUUAAUUGACUCUGCGCUUUAUCAGGGGGAUGUGGUAAUGGAACAUAAACCUUAAUCUUACAUUGGACUUCAUGGAUCCUCUGCUGUAACCAACUGCUGAAGAACUGGUCUGUUCUUUGAAAAGCAUCGUGAACCGUGUCCACAUGUUAAGUUGCUAGAAUGCCAAUCGUUAUUUUAAUCAUAAGUUUUGGAUUUCCUAGCUAACUUUUGUCCAAACGUAGCAGCUGGGGAAGGCAGUUACAGACAGAUUUGCUCCAGAGCAUUUGAGAUACAGGUUAUGUUUUGGUCACAUCACAUGGCUCUCCUUUUGCUCAUGGAGGUACUGGGCAGCACACUGCUUUCCUCUCUUUGUAAAUAAGACUGCGUCUUGUAGCUGGCUGAGAGUGUUCCGAAAGUGUGUGUCGUGACGGUCGUGGUACUUUUCUGCCAUUCUGCACUAAAUAACACGUUCAGUUGAUUAGAUGGCUGGACUGGUUUAUCUGUUGGACUGUUCUAUUUUCAUGGUUAUCCUGAGGUGCUAACAAACAUGCUUCAUUUGAAUAAAGUCUAUUUUGUUUUGUUAUGUUUA